CAGUGGUUUUCGUUAUUCUACCAUCAGCGUCCUCCAGAGAAUUACACAAGAUGGGGCUGUUCAUCUUAUGGCUGUCUGUGCUCAUGUGCCUAACGCCAGCCCUGAUAUCGGCUUAUCGUGUAACGGCCGUAGAGGGUGAGGGCCUGGUUUUACCUUGUGCAUACCCUUCCACCAGUAACGUGGCGGCCAUGUGCUGGGGCAGAGGUGGCUGUUCAGCUUUCGGCUGUAACCGUCCAAUCGCCAAGGUUAAUGCAAGCAGAGUGUCUUGGAUAAAAUCGGACAGAUACACCUUCCCGGGAAACUUAGAAUUCGGAGAAGUGAGCAUGAAACUUGGUAAAGUGACCGUGGAUGAUGCUGGGACUUACUGCUGCUUUGUAAAGAUUCCAGGACUGGGCAUUGAACUGAAGAAAGAGGUAACGGUAGAGAUACAGGAAGCCAUGAAGAAAGACAACACUGUGAGUAGCUCGGUGGGUGACACAGUGACCUUACCCUGCAAAUACAAUGCUGAGGAAGGUGUGAAGGACAUGUGUUGGGGAAGAGGCGACUGUGGACUCACCGGCUGUACGCACCAGAUCCUUAAAACAGACGGCAACACAGUGAUAUCGAGAGAAUCUAGUAGAUACCAGUUACUGGGGGACAUCACAAAAGGGGACGUGUCCCUGACCAUCAGUGGGUUGUCCAAGGAUGAAGAAGGGGAGUACUGCUGCCGAGUGAGAAUCCCAGGGUGGUUCAAUGACAAGAAGAAGGAUAUAAAACUGGAGAUACAAGAUGUUGACCUCGUGAAAGGGUCACUUGAGGACAGAGUCACGUUACCCUGCUCUUACUCGGCUGAUAAUGGCCCAAACCCCACCUGCUGGGGCAGAGGCCACUGUAGACUGCUCUUUUGUGACCGCAAGGUCCUCACUACUGAGGAAGCCAAAGUGUCCUGGAGGGAAGCCGACAGAUUCCAGUUAUUAGGGAACAUAGAAAAGGGAAAUGUCUCACUCACAAUAAAUGGUGCAACUGCGGAUGACGGAGGAGUGUACUGCUGCCGCGUGGAUGUCCCUGGAAUACUCAAUGACAUCAAGAAGGAAGUCCGUCUACAGAUACAUGAUGGUGACCAUGUGAAAGGGCUGGUAGGUGAUACACUGACAUUACCCUGCUCAUAUAAUGUUAGUGAAGGCACUACAACAAUGUGUUGGGGACGAGGCCGCUGUCCAGUUUUCAAAUGCAGCAAUACCCUUGUCUGGACGGACGGCGAAGUAGUCACCUGGGCUGAAUCAGACCGGUACAAACUGCGGGAGAACAUAGCAAGAGGGGACGUGUCGCUGACCAUCAAAAGAGUGAUGAAGGAAGAUGAAGGGACCUACUGCUGCCGUGUGGAGACCCCAGGAAUAUUAAACGACAAGAUAAAAGAGAUAACCGUGGAGGUAGAGGACGAUGGAUUCCAGACAAGACAUUGAAUCGAAGGCUAGGAUGAUACCUCGGAUGGCCCAUGGAACGAUACCGUCAACAGAGAUUAUCCUGCAGAUCAUGGAUAAACCAGAUAUCGGAUAUUAACCCAAAAAUGAGGAACAAUAACCAGAUUCAUUCAUGUUUUCUCCCUCGCAACAUGAUAGCAACAAUAUUACUAAUUUGUUAUGUAUCACAUUGCAUCAGAUAACUGGUUUGUUUUCGUGUCUUUUACAGCCAAUGUAAUCUCAGCUAUUCUGUUUUUUUAUAUUUUUUAUGAUCUUUUACAUCUUCAUUUGGCUCUAAUUUUUAAAUGAUGGAUGUGUUGAUGCUUCUCUGCAAUAAAAUAAAAAAAAUGCAAUGAAGAAA